AUGUCGAGCUUACGCCAGGGUCUGCAGCAGACGCUCUGCUUGCGCCAACUGGCAAAGGGUCAGUCGAUGAAGCCUCAAUGGCAACGAUCGAGCCUGCAAUCGAGCCUGCAAUCGAGCUUCAAGAGCCUGUCGACUACGAGCGAUCCUCAAGUUGAAAACAGCGAACCCAAAAUCGACACAAGGCUGGAUUUGCCUCCCCAGCGGCCUUUUGACGGGAUUACGAAGGCUCGUCCACUACCCGUCUCGCCAUCCUACUUCUCCAGAGAGCCUCGCUUCAACGACGCCUACAUCCGACUUUCUGCUCUCGUGGAGAGAUACCAGCACCUUCCUUUGGCGCCCCCGGAAUUGGUCCCACGACAAAUAUGGAGGAACUUGAAGGGUUACCGACAGACCACUGGAGAACCAGUCAAGGCGAUGCCCUUUAGCCAAGUUCUUAGCAUGGUUAAGCGGCUGCAUCAGAUCCACCCCGGACUGAUGCCCAGCGAGGUCAAAGAAGCCCUGCAGGAAUUCAAACGCGAUAUCGACCCGUACAAGAAUGUGGCCAAGGUUGUGCCUCUCGACAGAUAUGGACGCGCUUUAGGUGUUGGCCGCAGGAAGACGUCGAGCGCCCGCGCUUGGGUUGUGGAGGGCACUGGAGAGAUGCUGAUCAACGGCAAACCCCUGAACGAGGCAUUCGGCAGAGUUCAUGAUCGUGAGAGCGCCAUCUGGGCGCUCCGGAGCACUGCGAGAACAGACAAGUACAACGUGUGGGCACUUGUUGAAGGCGGCGGUGUGACCGGACAGGCCGAGGCUCUUACGUUGGCAAUUGCCAAGGCUGUCUUGGUCCACGAACCAGCUCUUAAGCCGAUACUAAGAAAAGCUGGCUGCAUUACCCGCGAUCCUAGACAAGUUGAGAGAAAGAAGCAUGGUCAUGUCAAGGCCAGAAAGAUGCCCGCCUGGGUCAAGAGAUAG